ACUCUCAUCUCCGUUCCUCUCGAAACCAACGGGACUUUUGUAGUGAUCCUCCAAAAUGGGAAUCUCACGCGUUUCUUCUCUCCUCGCCGCCGUCGCCAUUCUCGCCGCUCAUUUUCUGAUCUCAUCAGCGACGGCCGUUGAUUUCUCCGGCGACCAUAAGCUUCUCUUCGUUCCUACCAAAUCCGAGUGCCGAGGCUCAAUCGCCGAGUGUUUUCUCGCCGGAAACGACGACGAUUCCGCCUUCGGAAUGGAGUUCGUGAUGGAUUCUGAGAUCAAUCGCCGAAUUCUAGCAACUACUCGUUACAUAAGCUACGGCGCUCUGAGGAGGAACAACGUUCCCUGCUCUCGUCGUGGCGCUUCUUACUACAACUGCAGACCAGGUGCUCAGGCGAAUCCUUACACCCGUGGUUGCAACGCCAUUACUCGCUGCCGGAGUUAAUCUCUGAUCACUUGAUUCUUUUUUUGGAUUUAGAUUCAUCUGUCGCACUCUAUCGGUUAGUUCUUCGCGUGUUUAUACUGAAUAUACAUGUCGAUCGAGUAAUAAAAUUCAUAUAUACUGGUGAUUGAAAAUGUAAUUUACAUCUCUGUUUUCUCUGAGUCUUCUACAUGAUUUUUUUUUUUUCAUUUUUCGUGGCCGAUUCUUCUGGUUAUUUCCAGAAACAUUUGUUCAUGUUUGCAAUUGGUAAUACAGUGGUAGGAAGGAACACAAUAUUUGUGUAAA